AUGACUGAUCCAGUUAAGUUCCGAAUCAUUCUGGGAGAGAAUAAUUCCCAGAGAUUGAUCCUUCCUGGCGGGAUACCAGACUCUAUCAGUGACCUUGCGGACCAAAUAAAGCAGCAGUGUGGAGUAGAAGGGGACUUCAGACUUCAAUACAUGGAUUACGAGUUUGGGAAUGAAUUCACCAACUUGCUGUCAAUGUCAGAUGUCCAGGACAAAAGUACCAUCAAGGUCAUAUUUAAGUCCAUUACUACUGUCCAGCAUGAUGGCUCUCGGCCCCCUCCCUACCCAGCUGCUGCUGCCACCAUUCGAUCUCCAGAUGACUCCUCUUCCCUUUCUUCGGGUAGCUCACAGGAUACAGAAAUACUGUCUUCACCGGAGUCCACUUCCUCAAGAUCCUCUGGAUGGCCCAUUAUCUUCACUGUUCCCCGGUUCUCCUAUGAUGCUGAGCUGCAGCUGGACAGGGCCAACACUGCUUUUAAAGAAACUGGAACUUUGUUAAGUCCUGAUACCCAACUUAAGUCAGCCAUUCUUGAUGGCUUGACUGAAACUAUUGUGAAGUACAAAGUGUACCUCUCCGACCGUGAGUUUGAGGAGGUAGCUGAAGCUCUUGUAUCAGCACAUCCAUGUUUGAAAGAACCAGGCUCAGUCACUGGAUUUGGCGGCUGGAAGACGAGCUUGAAAUAUAAACUUGGUAACUACCGAACAAAGCUCAGGCGGCUUGGCUGCCCAGAAGUCACAGUAAAUGCCCUAACACACAAACCUGGUGGCAAAUGCAGUCCUGCUUAUGGUGUAAAGAGACCAAAAAAAGCAGAAGUGAAUUACUGCCCUGCCUACCCGUCUGGUGAAACUGCCGAGACACAAGAAGGACUAAGAGUGGCCCUCCUCUCAGAAGUGAAGAAAAGAAACAAUGAGGAGAAUGUGGCGAAAAUGAUGGACAAGACCUUUGCUUACAGGAGGCAAGAAGUAGUUCGGGAGUCACCAAUGAUAGCUGACUUCAAAACGAGGUGGCCGGCUCUCUUCAAUGUGCAUGAGGUGUGUUUGGAAUUCAAGAGAAUCACAACAAUCCAUUUAGAGUCAAAGUUCUUCUCUGAGCUGGAUGCUUACUCUGCAGACCUAAUCAAGUUGUUUGCCAAGAAAGGCGGAGUUCAAGGGAAACAGAUCAGAAGCAUCAUGGUACCCAUGACUGAGACUGACAGCAUUGAUGUCAGAAGAGAAUGCAUACUGAAAAGUCUUUGCGUCUACUUGAAUGAAGAUCCAGAGAAGCUGGUGAAAGAAUACCUGAGCGAUGAUGAAAGCAGUCUGGCGGCUAUGGCAGAGACGGUCUUUGGAGUUUUUGUCAUUCGACACCACGGUGCAGGGCCCAGUGAGAACCCAGAGGAUGUCGGAAUUAUUCUGGAGGGUGUAAUGGUGUUGCAUGAGUUGAGGUAUGUGCCUUUUGCAGUGGCAAUGUUGCUUGCGCUCGUCUAUGCUCUAAACCUGAGCUACCCCAGAGAACUAAGAUACACCUUUGAAGCUCUGCAGAAGAUCAUUAUGAAACUAGAUGGAAAUAAACUUUCCGCAAAAGUGCAAGCUCUCAAAACAUUGCUUUCCCGUUAAUAACCACACAAGGUACAUGACUGAGCUCAUCCUCACCUUAGGAAAUCACCUUGUGAUUGCUUUAGAUUGCUUUAAAUCAGUAAAAAAUCUCGUUCAAUCAAAACAUAAUUGAAGUUAAAAUACUCCGACUGUAAGAAGGUUUUCAAUGAUUCU